AUGCCUCUCCACGCCACCAGCCACCCCUACAAAUUCACCCACCCCUCUUCCCGCCGGCACUACCGCAUCGACCUAACAAAACCUAACCCCAACCCCCCGCCACCAAUGAAACUCGACAUCGACCCCUCAGACGGCUACGUCCUCUUCGCGCACGGCGACCUCGCCAAGAUCGACGAGACGUUCCUCCCUGCACCGCCGAGCGAGAUCGAGGUGGACAAGUGGGAGCGACCGAUACGGUUUUCGGCGCGCAGGCCGAUUCAGGCUAGGAGGUGCAGUCUGGGGAAGAGCAGGAAUUAUAAGUUGGGGAGUAUUAGUCCGACCUGCUCCGGGACGCGCUUCCCCGAUAUCCCCGGCCCCGACUCGCCCGCCAGCGCCCGUCGCGAAUUCGAAAAGUUCGUCAAGCAGAUCGAGAAGCGUAACGCGGAAGUUACGCCGUCGAGGAAGAACGACGUCGCCGCCGCAUUGUCUGCGAGGCCCGAGGGCUCUCGCUAUCCUACGACGAUCGCGAAGGGCCGUCCGCCUGCUGCGGUGAAGCCUGUUGCGCCGAAGCUCACGAUGCCGGAGCCUGUGCGCGCGAAAUACCUCCACUCUGCUGUCGAGGCUGUGGACGAGGACGAGGACGAGGAGGACCUGCAGUCCGAGGCGCCGUCCUCUGGGCCCUCUACGCCGAACAAUGUGACUGAAUUCAUCCCGGAUCUGGGUCCAAGCGAGAAAGCGGCCCCCGAUCUUUCGGUCGAGCUCGACAUGGAGGCCUCUCACCACGACACGGUGGUCUUUGCUGCCCCAGCAUUGCAACUGACGAGCGUCUGA